AGGCUUAUCUUAAUCACAUGAACAAACACAAACCCUGGAUUGAGACAUCUUACCACGGAAUCAUAACUGAGAACAAUGACACUGUAAUUUUGGAUCCUCCCCUUGUUGCUUUGGACAAAGAUGCACCUGUUCCCUUUGCAGGUGAAAUAUGUGCUUUUAAGAUCCAUGGACAAGAAAUGCCCUUUGAAGCUGUUGUGCUGAACAAGACAUCUGGAGAAGGUCGUCUUCGAGCAAAGAGUCCUAUUGACUGUGAGCUGCAGAAGGAAUACACAUUCAUCAUCCAGGCCUAUGACUGUGGAUCAGGACCAAGUGGAACCAACUGGAAGAAAUCUCACAAGGCAGUAGUCCACAUCCAGGUAAAGGAUGUCAAUGAGUUUUCACCAGCAUUCAAGGAGAGCGUGUACAAGGCCACUGUGACAGAGGGGAAGAUCUAUGACAGCAUCCUGCAGGUGGAGGCCAUAGACGAGGACUGUUCUCCCCAGUACAGCCAGAUCUGCAACUAUGAGAUUGUCACGACAGAUGUUCCCUUUGCCAUCGACAGGAAUGGUAACAUCAGGAACACCGAGAAACUCAGCUAUGAUAAACAGCACCAGUACGAGAUAAUGGUAACAGCUUUUGACUGUGGGCAAAAACAUGCAACAGAAGAUGUCUUAGUACGAGUUAAUGUCAAACCAGUGUGCAAGCCAGGCUGGCAAGACUGGGACAAACGGAUUGAAUAUAAACCUGGCUCUGGAAGCAUCCCCUUGUUUCCCAGCAUUCAUCUAGAAACAUGUGAUGGACCAGUUUCCUCAAUACACACCACCAUUGAAUUGCAGACCAACUACAUUGGAAAGGGCUGUGAUCGUGAAACGUACUCAGAAAAGUCUCUGCAGAAAUUAUGUGGAGCUUCCUCCGGUGCCAUUGACCUGUUACCAUCUCCCAGUACAACAACUAACUGGACAGCUGGGCUUGUCAUGGAUAGCAAUGACAUAAUUUUUAAAUUUGAUGGAAAGCAAGGAGCGAAAAUCCCAGAUGGAAUAGUCCCGAAAAAUUUAACUGAUCAAUUCACCAUCACUUUGUGGAUGAAACAUGGACCUAGUCCUGGAUUAAGAGCUGAGAAAGAGACUAUUCUCUGCAACUCUGACAAGACAGAGAUGAACAGGCACCACUACGCCCUGUACGUGCACAACUGCAGACUCGUGUUCCUGCUGCGCAAGGACUUCGACCAGGCCGACACCUUCCGGCCUGCCGAAUUCCACUGGAAACUGGAUCAGAUAUGUGAUAAAGAGUGGCAUUACUACAUUGUCAAUGUGGAGUUUCCCGUUGUUACAUUGUACAUGGAUGGAACCACAUAUGAACCUUACCUGGUGACCAAUGACUGGCCCAUCCACCCCUCCCACAUUGCCAUGCAGCUCACCGUCGGGGCUUGUUGGCAAGGAGGUGAAGUCACCAAGCCCAGAUUUGCUCAGUAUUUCCAUGGCAGCCUGGCCAGUCUUACUAUCAGGCCAGGGAAAAUUGAGAGUCAGAAAGUGAUUUCCUGUUUGCAGGCCUGCAAGGAAGGUCUGGAUAUUAAUUCUCUUGAGAGUCUUGGCCAAGGAAUAAAGUAUCACUUCAACCCUUCCCAGUCAGUCCUUGUCAUGGAAGGAGAUGACAUUGAGAAUAUAAAUCAAGCUCUCCGAAAGGUCUCAUACAUCAACUCCAGACAGUUCCCUACUGCAGGCGUACGGCGUCUCAAAGUCUCAUCUAAAGUCCAAUGUUUUGGUGAAGAUGUCUGCAUUAAUAUCCCAGAUAUAGAUGCCUAUGUAAUGGUGUUUCAGGCCAAUGAGCCCAAGAUUACAAUAACUGGGAUGGAUCACUUUGCUAGACCAGCUGCACAGUUUGAAAGUGAAAGAGGUGUUAUUUUGUUACCUGACAUCAGGAUUGUCAGCACAGUCACUAAAAUGGAGCAUCCAGUGGACUUAAAAGAACAUGACAGAGCUGAUAAGCCAGUGAUAGUAGAGGAAAUGCUCCACAACUUGGAUUUCUGUGAUGUUUUGGUCAUGGGCGCAGAACUAGAUCCUGAACAAGAGUGUUUAGAACUAGAUCAUGUGGAGCUCCAAGGAAAACAUCUAGAUGCCACAAAUUCCACAGCAGGAUAUUCAAUCUACGGUGUGGACAGCAUGUUCAACUACGAGCAGGUUCUGCGGCAGAUCCGGUACCGGAACUGGGACACCGCUGCCACCUUCGACAGGAAGUUCAGGGUCAAGUGCUCCGAGCUAAACGGGCGUUACACGAGCAACGAAUUCAACUUGGAGGUUAAUAUUCUACACAGCUCCAACUCCAACUUCAUGGACCAUGUAAAUCAUAUGAUAGUACAACCACAGUUUCUCCAAUCUGUUCAGCACCCUGAGGGGAGUGUAAGUGCUGUUCACAACUCAGUUGUUCCAAGUGUGGCCACCAUUGUGAUCAUAAUCUGUGUGAGCAUCCUCAUUUUUGUCAUAACCUUGGGCGUGUACCGGAUCCGCACAGCUCACCAGCACGGCUCUGCAGACCACGAGGGAAGCAAAGAGAAUGAGAUGGAUUGGGAUGAUUCUGCUCUGACCAUCACCGUCAACCCCAUGGAGAAAUAUGAAAAGCCUCACCAGACAGAAGAGGAGAGUGAGGAAGAAGACAUAGAAGAUGAAGAGGAAGACACAACCAGUGCUGAAUCAGAUGAAAGCGAAGAGGAGGAGGAAGAAGAGGAGGAAGAGGAAGUGAUUGUCCAAAAGGGAGACAAACAGAAUGCCACCAGGCAAGCGCAGCUGGAGUGGGAUGAUUCAACACUCCCAUACUAACAGCCCUGCAGCCAUAUCACACUUUUGUAACAACCAAUGCAAUGGUUUUUCAGAGUCUAUGAAUUCAUUGACAGGAUUUGAACUUCUGCUUGCCUGUUUUGCCUAAAGUGAUCUUGUUGUAGUAAUUGGUAAUGAUAGAACAGACCCUUUUCUUACAAAGCCUGGAGAAAACAUGGUACAAACCUACUGGCCUACCCAGGAAUAAUAAAGUAACUAGAACCUGAUCUGUUAGCAAGCAUAGUUCUCAUUUCCUAUUUCUAUACUACAGAUAUGUGACAAAAGUCCUGUCACUCGACCCAUACAGGUUUUUGCCUUUGUUUUUUUUUUUUUUCCACACAAGAGAGAUUUCAGCUUAUUAUGAAGAAUUACUUGUAUGGGUCUAAAUAACAGUCUCCAAUUGACUUCAGACUCCUACAGGUGUAAAAAAUAAUCCACCUCUAAAUUGGGACAGGGUUUUAGUGCUACAGGGGACAGAGACUGAAUUCCAUUUGUCAUCUCGUCCUGCCUUCUUGGAUUUAACUGUCCUUUACAAGGGAAUAAUCUAGGACCUCACAUGGAAUGCGUGUGUGCCUAUGUAGAAGUGGACAGUGUAUUUUUUUCAGGCAUGCUGUCAGACCCUCAAGAGAGGGAUUUUUGUCCAACCUACCGACAGAAAUUUAAGAGAGUUUAAUAAAAACCAGCAACAAGGGGCUGCUGAAGGUUACAAAAAAACCCACAAAAAACCACCCAACUUGUUCUGUGUCCACAGAUGCAGUAAUAUGAUCUUAUGCAAACUGUAAAUUCUAAUGGGAUUGAUUCACUGAAAAUCCGUAGAGCUGCUCAUUAGUUAUGGAUUGAGCAAUUUGCAGCAAAUCGAUGCUUUAAACUGUCUGUCCUGUGAAAUCAUUAGCUUGCUGCAGCAUCACACUGAAGUAGUGGAAAAUAAGUGACCCCAUUAUUCCAUAGCUAUGUAUGGCUGGGAUUUAAACAAUUAUUUUAGAUGAGGAAAAUGUUCCCUUUUGUUUAAUGAAUGCCAGCUGGAAUUCCUGUCUGACUACAAAACAUUAUGCCCUAUUUCUUCUGUACCCCUGCCCACCUAUAGUGGCACAAAAGAAAGGAACAACAUACACAACUGUCAGCUCUCUUUUGUGCUCAUAAUUCUCCCUUAUUUCUUCUUCCUGAAGCCAUUUAUGUUGAGAAAAGGUUUUAUAAAGUAGAACAAGGAGAAAUAAAACCUACCUGGAACCAAAAUAAUUGAAAACAAAAACUAAACUCUUAAGAGGUUGAGAGAGUAUUUUAGUUUGUUAUGGUAACACAGCAUAUUUUUCUUAAACACUGUUUAAAAAGUUUAAAAAAAAAAAAAAAAGCAAAGCUACGUACAACGUGUUGAUAAGUCUGUGUGGUGUGGUUUUUGUCCCCUUUCCAUAAGUACCUUUGCAUCUUCAACUGCUCUGCAUCCCAAAUGCUGCAGCACUUGCUAGGAAAGCUGCUCUAAUGCAUAAAAACAAAAUGGCAUGGAAGAGAAUGCUGCUUAGUGGCUUGUCUGUUGUUUUUUGUUUUUUUUUUCCCUAAAUACUUCAUUUACAAUUUCAUCACUGACUUCUGCUUUUGUAAUUUGCUGUUUAAAAUGAGCUGCUUCCUAUGCUCUUCUCCCCCAGAGAAACAAGCAGUCUUACCACAACAGGACCUUCCCAAGCACCCCUGAGUUGGUGUUGCAAAGAGUAAAUGGAGCAAUCUUUGGGGUAUCCAUCCCCCUCAAUACCAAAUUAUCAGCAGCUCCUGAAUAUCUUGGAAUAUAGAGAAAAUAUUGUGGGUUUGGGAGUUCUUUAAUUCCAGUUUCUGCAUCUGACAGUUGAAGGGAAAUACUGACAGCAACUAGGCCUUGUGGUUUAAUAACUAGAAAGUAAAUGAAAAAACUCUAUAUUAAGUUUAAAAUUAGAGAUCUUCAAUGCUUUUAUUUAUUGUGCCAACAGUCAUGUUGUCACAUGACUGUUAAGACUGGAAAUACAGGAGUUUUCUUAUGUUAGCAGUCCUGUUUUAUUUUUAUUCUCUCACACGUAUUAAACUUAGAAGAAUAUUUGCAGAAUCAAGCCCACAUAAACACAAUUUAUCUGCAGAAAUGACAAUUCUAAAAAUGUCCAAAAUUUCUGUUUAGUAAAAAAUUAAUAUUAAUAUUUCUGAAUAUCCUGAACUAAAAUUUUAUGUUAGAUCGUUUCCUAGCACCCUACUACCCUAAAUCAUUUCCUAGUGUAAUUUUUGUUAGUGACAUGAAGCAGGCUCUUUGUGGUGCUUGUUAUCAGUGCAUAUCAGCAAAUCUUUCUGCUCAGAAAAAAAAAUAUUUAAAAUUAAAAGUAGAUAUUUUAAAGUCAAUUUCAGAUUUAAAACUGGAUUUAAAUUAUUUUUAAGUUUCUGUUAUUCCUGAUUAUUAUUUUUUUUUUAACAUAGCAAACCUUAGGGCAACUUGAAAACAGCAAUUUACAACCUUAUUGACAGCCUUUAAUUCUUUUAUGUUUGUGAAUUCAUCAGUGUGUUUCUCCAUCUAAUAGAUUUUUAUCUUUUUGUUACUGGAAGCAAAUCUUUUCAGGAUGUACUCAUACAUUACACAAGAAGCAAACAAAGUAUUUUCUCUACUGUAAAUAAACCUACAUUUUUAAACCUAAGCAAAGUAAUACAGGCAUGUGUGUUAUCACUAAAAUUUGGUUUGCAAUAAGAUAGUCAGCAAACUAAAAUGUUUCACUGUACUUAUUUUAGAUUACUCAUUGGAGUGCAUUAUGCAGCUUUUUCAUUUAAAUAAACAGAAAAAUCCUUUUCACAAAA